CUGGGGCACGCUAAUCCAUCUACGCUAUAACCGCCAAUAACAUUAACUACCGCUUCUAUAUUCCAUUGGGUACCUGCACAUCACAAUGGUUCAUUACAAAGAGGAAAACUACCUCAUCAUCCAGCCGGGUUCCCAGUCCACUUACGUCUCGUUCGGCUUGGAAGACUCGUUAGCGCCGCCAGCCUACGUGUUCCCCACCAAAGUAUACCAGUCCGGGGACAACUUCAGCUGCACUGAUAGCUCUCUCCCAGAGGUGUAUCCUAUUGUGGGAGGGGAGAUUAUCAAUAUUGAAGCCUUAAAGUACCUUAUCAAGGUGAUUGUUAAGUCGCUCAACAAACAGUUCCCGCUUAAACUCACGUCCCUGAUCCCGCUCCUCCUUCUCUCCUCCUUCCACUGGUCGCGUCUCCACAUCGAACAACUUACGCAGUAUGCGCUUGAAGACUUGCAGUUUCUGGGCUUCAACAUCCUUCCAACCUGUUUGGGUAACCUCUUUAGUGUCAGCAGAGAGGGCUUAGCCACCGCCACGGUGAUCGAUAUCGGAUACGAACGCACCGAAAUCACACCAAUCAUUGACUAUCUCCCUGCUAGGUUCGCCUCCACAACCGUUAAGCUUGGUGGUCAGUCCAUUGACCAGGAGAUUCGCAGGUACCUUCCAGACUUUUCUCCGUUGCAGAUCGACGCUUUGAAAAAGUCGGACAUCUUUGAGGUGUUAUCGCACGCGGACAAGAUCAGUUCGUUCUACGGCUUGGACGAACUCACCAAGGAGGAAGAGGGGAUCCUCGACGUUGCGGCUAUUGUCACCUCCAACAACACCAAAGAAAUCAUUGAGGGUAAGAAAAAGAAAGAAAAGACGGAAAAGCCAAACUCUGAGUUGGAAAUCAACACUUUCCCAGACCCAAUCUCCGGGGAAGACAUCUCUGUGGGGCUGCAGCGUUUCAGAGGGUGCGAACCGUUGCUCGAGGCGAUCUCGCAUCACUUGUACAUACAGCUUGGCAAGAUAGACGAUUUGGCCAAGAGACAGGAGUUGUGGGAUAACUUGAUAGUGGUAGGGCCAACCACCUUGAUCAAGGGGUUCACUGAGGCUUUGCUCGUUCAAUUAGGGGACGACUGGUUAGUGGUACCGCCAAACAAGGCGGGAAGCAACGCGUUAGCCGCAUUCCAGGCCACCUCUGCGCUCUCUGCUUCUGGUGAGCAAUUCAAUUUGCAACAAGUGCCGCGGUCGUUGAAGCCCGUCAAGGUACCGGAAUACUUCCCCGAGUGGAAGAGCGUGCCGGGCUCGUUUGAGAACUGUUUGUCGGUGUUGGGGGGCCAGAUCUACUGUAAGCAGAUCUUUGGCGAACUGGGCGAAGACUCGUUUGUGACGAAGGACUCGUACGAUGACAAGGGCCCUCUUCUGGUGUGGGAUGUGUGUUUGUCGUAACCGAAUGUAUUAUUAAUGGACUAUAAAGUAUUUCAAGGGGCGCCUCUUUGUCGUAAAGCCAACAGAUGGAUACGGUUGGGUUGCAUGUCGAGAAUUAGUGGUUAGGGCCGAGUACCGAUGAGGAGUAUUGAACGUUUACAGAGCAUGUUCAAAACUAGCUAGGCGACACCAAUGUUUUUAGUUCGGCUAUUGCCCGUUUGGAUACUGUUCUACUACACUAUCAAUAUCUAAAUUGCAUUGUCAAGGGGAACGGCAAGUCU